AUGGCCACAGAGAGCGUCUCUCCGUGCACGGGCUCCAGUCUGCUGCAGCCCAUCAGCGAGAUCAUCAACCUGCCUUUAGACCAGGUGAACUUUGUGGUUUGCCAGCUGUGUGCUCUGCUGACAGCCUUCUGGUUCCGUCUUUACCUUCACCCGAGCAGGACCAGUCCGUUCAUCAGACAUGUGGUGGCCACGCUGCUUGGCCUCUACUUCGCCCUCUUCUGCUUCGGCUGGUAUGCCCUCCACUUCCUGGUUCAGAGUGGCCUCACCUACGGCAUCAUGAUCCUGACAGGUGUGGAGCACAUGCACAGAUACUGUCUGGUGGUGGCUUUGGGCUACCUGAGUCUGUGUCAGAUCACGCGUGUCUACGUGUUCGACUACGGCAUGUACUCGGCUGACUUCACAGGACCCAUGAUGGUGAUCACACAGAAAAUUACCAGUCUGGCAUUUGAAAUCCAUGAUGGAAUGGCGCGGAAAGAGGAGCAUCUGACCCCCGGACAGAAGAUGUUGGCUAUAAGGAGGAUGCCCAGCCUCCUGGAAUACUUCAGCUACAACUGUAACUUCAUGGGCAUCCUGGCUGGCCCCACCUGCUCAUACAACGACUACAUCGCCUUCAUCGAGGGCAGGCCCUGUCGCCAUAGAGACCUGGAGACCAAUCAGAAAGCCAAUGGGAAGGCCAAACAGAGCGAGCCCUCGCCAAAUACGGCCGUGGUUCGUAAACUGGCCACCUGCCUCUUUUCGCUCAUGGUCUUCCUGUCUGUCUGCAAAGUCUUCCCCGUGGAGCGCAACAUCGACGACGACUUCAUUGCCAACACGCCGUUUUACUCUCAAGCGGUCUACCUGUACCUGUCCAUGCUGACCACCAGACCCAAAUACUACUUCGUCUGGACACUGGCGGAUGCCAUAAACAACGCUGCAGGCUUCGGCUUCAACGGAUACGACAGUGACGGCGCCCCCCGGUGGGACCUCAUCUCCAACCUGCGGAUCCUGAAUAUAGAGCUUGCCACCAGUUUCAAAGUAUUCCUGGACAACUGGAACAUUCAAACAGCACACUGGCUUAAGAGGGUUUGUUAUGAACGCUGCCCGUACAAGCCGACGGCCGCCACCUUCAUCUUGUCUGCCAUGUGGCACGGAGCGUACCCCGGAUACUACUUCACCUUCCUCACCGGCAUCGUCAUCACACUGGCUGCACGAGCGGUGAGACACAACGUGCGGCCAUACUUCCUGGGCUCGCCCGCCCUCAAACUGGUCUAUGACGUCAUCACGUGGGCGUCGACGCAGAUUGCCAUCUGCUACACAGUGGUGCCUUUUGUUCUGCUGUCGGUUGGUCCAUCCCUCAAGUUCUACAGGUCAUGGUGUUUCAGCCUCCAUAUUGGCUGCGUUUUGCUGGCUGUGGCCCUGCCCGUCAAACCCAGACACCUUCGCCAGAAGAGUCCUGCCCUGGCGCCGGCACACCGUCAUGCGGGGGCCACAGACGGCAAGUACAACCAGAAAUCCAAGACCACAUGAGCCAGUGUU